AUGUCAAUCCUUAAUAAAUUAUACAACAAGAUUUUCUUAAAUUAUCAUUUACUACAAAAUUUCUUCCUCCUAAAUCAUAGUUUUAAUGAGAGAUUUUACAUCCAUCUUAUAUAGUUUCAAAAUUUUCAGGUUUAAUACAAGAAUAUUUAACUUAGAGAUGUUAAAAAAUCAAAUUAGGCUAUACUAUCUUACUAUCUUUGUUGUUAUUAUAAAUUGGUGAAAUUAAUGGUUCAUUAGUCAUUUUUCUAUUCAACUUUGAGAAAAUUAUUGAUUUAAGCUUAAUGCUCGGGAUAACAAUUAAUUUUAUCAUACAUCCAUAAUUCAUAUCUAAUGCUAUUCAAAUAUGAGCUUAUGAACUUGUAGAAAGUAGUUUUCUUCUCUAAAGGUCUUAAGAAGUCAGUGAUCUUCUUGCUCAUUGAAUGGUUUAACAAUAAAAUUAAUAAAAAAAUGAAAUCAAAAUAACAAUAGACUCCUAAUACACAUUCUGAGGUCUUUCAAGAAUUACAUAGGGAAGAUGAAUUCAGUGAGUCCAUAGGCAAGAUGCCAAAACUUGUGUUUAGACUGUGA